AUGCUAUCCGAUCCUAACCUCCCCGUCUACCUCAUCUGGCCAGACCAGAUCCUCUCUCAUUUUCGUUAUCUGGGGUCCGCCGAGCCGUGGGCGUCAACCUCCUACCCCACAGUACUGUUUAUCUCUAUGCAGUCCGGACAGAGCCAUAAAUCGGAAGCAAAGGAAAUCAUACCGGGUACACUAGUGCCAGCUCCUUCACCUCCACCGCUUGGAAAGCUGGAAGGAGGAGUUAUGAUUGGUGCGCGAAGAAUGUCACCUUGCCAUUAUUUUCUUCAGAGCAAGGCGGAUAUUCAGCUUGGAAAUGAGGUGACAGAUCACGAUUUCAAGAGCAAAGGGAGCUGGUUCUAG